AUGUUUUAUUCUUCUAAGUUUAGCCGCAUGUUGGUUAUUCUCGUUACAUUUCUAGCCCUUUCUCCUUGUUGGGCGUCGCCUGCCCCUCUGCAUCAAGAAAAUUCACUCGUCGCCCGCGCCCGAAGUAGAAGCGGCAGCGGAGUUACCCCCCCUGUAUCACCUCCCCAGGUCCCAUCAACACCAGAGGAUAAAAAAACAAAGCCUCCAGUUGACGCGCCCGGCCUCGAACCAAAAAAGAAAAUCGUCAAAGACUUCGACCUCGGCCAAAGGCUCAAGGAUUGGCUUAUGUCAGAAAAGAAGAAACUGCCUUUCGUGGUCACGUCCACCGGAGGUACUGAAGGCUGGUUUCAAGUUGAAUUUCAGACUUUUGUGCGGAGAAAGCUGAAAAUUGAUCCAACUAACAACAAGGCCAUCCAGCGCGAGCAACGUGUCUUUACUGGCUCGGCCAAAAAUCAGUUAAUGUUCGCUGAUUGGGUCUUCCACCCCCAAGUUGGAACCAAUGGAAUCGAAGGCUAUGAUCGAGGUCUCAUUGUCGAACUCAAGGUCCAGGCAUCAAAGACUCCAAGUGCUUUUGUGCAGGACUUUAAGGUAGACAUUGAGAAACUGAAGAGUCCGUUGAAACCGGAGUUUCAAAAGUUUGACAGGGUAGCCGUUGCUUUCGCUUGGGAUGCUCCCUAUUUGAAACUGUUGGAUAAUGUACCAAAUGCUUUGAAACUGUUUUCAUUACCAUUGGCUGGGGGCGACGAGGUCAUCACUGCGUAUGCCUGCGAAAUAGAUGCCAAAGGAAAGGCGUCCCCAAAGCUAGGCUUCCAAGCGUUGCCGGGCUCUAGUGGGGAAGAAGACACUACGAAUCAACCUCUUCAAGAAUCCAUUCCAGAUAGAACGAAAACCAGGGCACAGACCAAGGCCGAGAAGGCCGCUGAGAAGGCCGCUGAGGAAUAG